AUGAGUAAAGAACAAAAAGAAUUUGGUGGUACACCAGGAGCGAUUGGUUUAAUGAUAUUUUCUCAUUUUAUACCAUUUUAUUUUGCUCUCUCAUUACGAUAUAGUUCCGGUGGUCUUUAUUUUCCAUUAUCAUUUAAUGAAUUUAUAGAAAAUUUUAAAGAAACAUGUUCACCAACAUGGUCGGCCUGUUAUCUUUAUAUUGGAUUUUUUCUUAUACAACUUAUACUUGCUGCUAUUUUACCUGGUCCUGAAGUUAAAGGUUUACCUGUCCCUACAGAAAAUAAUCGACAAUAUACAUAUAAAUGUAAUGCAUUAGCUAGUUGGUAUUUAACAUUAAUACUUGUUGCUGUAUGUCAUUUUACUGGUAUAUUUUCAAUGACAAUAUUAGCUGAUCAAUUUGGUUCAAUACUUUGUAUAGCUAUUAUAUUUAGUGAUAUUUUAUCAAUAUAUAUUCAUUUAUAUGCUUUAAAAACAAAUCAAACAUGUCGAAUGACAUAUUCACCUAUAUAUGAUUUUUUUAUAGGAGUUUGGUUAAAUCCACGUAUACGAAUUUUAGGACAAGAUGUUGAUCUUAAAAUGAUAGCUGAAGUACGUUUAUCAUGGCUUUUAUUAUUUCUAUUAAUUAUAUCUGCGGUAUUAAAACAAUAUGAAGUAUUUCAUACAAUAACAUGGCCAAUGAUAUUUAUUUUAACAGCUCAAGUACUUUAUAUAAAUGCUUGUAUGAAAGGUGAAGAAUGUAUUCCUGUAACUUGGGAUAUAUUUUAUGAAAAAUGGGGUUGGAUGUUAAUCUAUUGGAAUUUAGCUGGUGUUCCAUUUGUCUAUGCAUUUCAAGCAUACUAUAUUCUUGUGAAUAGUUUACGUACACAGAAACCUAAUGAAAAUGUAUCAAUGACAUUAAUCAUCAUAUUAUUUAUUGUACUUAUUCUUGCUUAUUAUAUAUGGGAUUCUUCUCUAUCACAAAAAAUUCGUUUUCGUAUGCAACAACAAGGAAUAUAUAUAACACGCAAUGGAUUUCCACAAGUUCCAUGGAAUGAAAUAAAAAAUCCUACAUAUUUAAAAACUGAAUGUGGUUCACCAUUAUUGAUUGAUGGUUAUUGGAAAUAUUGUCGCAAACCUGCAUAUACAGCUGAUAUAUGUAUGGCAACAUGUUGGGCAUUAUCAUGUCAUCAAUGGACUGGUGUUCUACCAUAUUUUUAUCCAAUAUUCUUUUUUUUCAUGAUUGUUCAUCGUUAUACACGUGAUAUGGCUCGAUGUCAAGCUAAAUAUGGUAAAGAUUGGAAAACUUAUUGUGAACGCGUACCAUAUGCAUUUAUUCCUGGACUUAUUUGA